CCCGGCUUGAUCCAGCUCAGCUCCGGCUGUUUGCAGCGGCUCCUCCCGUAAGUCCGGCCAUCUGUUACCUGCGUUCCGCCUGGGGAGAGAUUGUCCCGUCGGGCCGCCCCGGAGACCCGAUGCCAACUGCGUGAGGAGGGGGGACUCGCCUUCUUGCCCCCAGGUGGACGAGGAGGAGCUGCCACUGCUGAGGGGAGGGCUGGACAUGUCUGAGGCACUGUCCUGCCCCUGCAAUGAGACCUCUGCCCCAGGCUGCAGACUGGGGGCCCUGUACUGGGCCUGUGUCCGCAAUGACCCUGCCCAGCUCCAAGCCAUGCUGGAUGAUGGGGUCUCCCCAGAAGAGGCCACUCAGGUGGACGGCAAUGGGAGGACAGGCCUCAUGGUCGCAUGCUACCACGGCUUCGAGAAUGUUGUGGCCCUGCUCAGCCGCUGCCCUUUCCUGGAUGUGAACCAGCAGGACAAAGAAGGGGACACAGCCCUCAUGCUGGCCGCCCAAGCAGGCCACGUGCCUCUGGUGAGUCUCCUGCUCAACUACUACGCGGGCCUGGACCUGGAGCGCCGGGACCAGCGGGGGCUAACUGCGCUGAUGAAGGCUGCCAUGCGGGACCGCUCUGAAUGUGUGGCUGCCCUCCUCAUGGCAGGUGCUGACCUGACAGUGGUGGAUCCUGUUCGAGGCAAGACAGCCCUGGAGUGGGCAGUGCUGACCGACAGCUUUGACAGCGUGCGGAGGAUCCGGCAGCUGCUGCGGCGGCCCCAAGUGGAGCAGCUCAGCCAGCAUUACCAGCCCGAGUGGCCAGCCUUGCCCGGGCUCGUGGCCCAGGCCCAGGCCCAGGCUGCCCCAUCUCUCCUGGAGCGACUACAGACCACCUUGAGCCUCCCCUUUGCCCAGUCUCCUCAGGAGGGGGGUGUCCUGGACCACCUUGUGACCGUCACAACCAGCCUGGCCAGUCCCUUCCUCACCACAGCCUGCCACACCCUGUGCCCUGACCAGCCACCUACACUGGGCACCCGAAGCAAGUCUGUGCCAGAGCUGCUGGGCACCACCCCGCCCCCUCCUCCAGCGCCCCAGCCCCCCCAGGUAGUCUCUGGCCCCCGUAUCUUCCUCCCCUACCAGAGCCCUCAGGGUGUGUUAAGCAUGUGCCCUCAGUGGCUACAGCCCAGGGACGGUACCAGCCCCAGGCCCCAAGCCCCCAAGAUCCUCCUCUCCAAGGCCCCCUCAUCUCCCUGGCAGUGCAAGCUGAAGCCCAGGCCUUCAGGGCAUCGAAUGCUGGCCCUUCCUGUCUGGAGAUACCAGGAACUCAGGAUGGAGAGGAGGAGGCAGGAGGAGGAGAAGAGCCAGGGGAAGAUGGGCUAGGCCGGGCUGGGAGCAGGUAAUCAGGCCCCUCCCUUGGGCGCCUUUGCCCUCUAGAGCCCCUUCUGCCUUCCUGUCCCUCUCUGUCUAAGUGACUCUACUCUCAGCCUAUGGACGAGGUUAUUCAUACGGCAUUGUUUGCAACAGUAAAAGAGUGGAAACAACCUAAGUGUCCAUCAGUAGGGGAUUGGCUAAAUUGAUUAUGGGUAUAAUUACUUCAUACCCAUAUGAUGUAUUCUAUACAGUGGUAAAACAAGCAUAAGGAAGCUCUUUAUGUUCUGAUAUGAAACUGUCUUUGAGACGAAUUAGGUGAAAAUAACCAAGGGGUGGAACAGUAUGUAUGGCAUGCUACUAUUUGUCAAAGUAAAAUUUGCACCAAGAUAAACUUGACUAAUACAAAUAUAUAGUGGUACCAAGAUUUAUUUAACUACUUAAUGAAUGAACCAGCAGGAUGGAUCAAAGGAAG